CGUCAUCGUCCUCUUUCUAGGUCAGUUGAAAACGAGGCAAAAUUAUACAUGAAUGAUAUCUAGGUCACCGAUCAUGCGCAAUAGAGAUUUAAAAAAUGGCGGAAGCCGAAGAAUUGAAGCAAAUGGUUUUAAGUUUCCGGAGAGCGGAACUUGUAGAAUUGCUGGGCUUUGUGGGCAUGAACAAAGUUGGUGUUAAAGCAACCUUACUACAGAGGGCAGUGACAUUGAUUAACUCAUCAAGAGGGUGCUCUGUGCCAGUUCAAAUAAAAAUUAGAGAACUUUAUAGGCAGAUUCACAAUCCUUAUGCUGUAGAGCCUCCAAGGUCACGUAAUUUGCCAAGAGGUCAACAGCAGGUUUCAGAUCCCAGACAAUUAGAGCAACUGGCAAGACGGUAUGGUACAAGUAAAGUGACAUCACAGCAACUACAGAACACACAAUCAGGUGCUGUAGAUUUUUCAAAGAGAGGACUUGAUAGUUUAAGUGCAGCCUCCACAUUACCUGUACAUCCAGAUGUCAGAUUUAGACCUCUACCUUUCUUUGAUAUCAUGGGGGAACUCUUGAAACCUACUAGUCUAGCCCCAAAAGGACCAUCGCGGUAUCAGGAAACAUAUUUUGUAUUUCAUUUAACACCACAACAAGCACAAGAUAUUGCCAUGUCUAGAGAUGUUAGAGCUACAGCAAAGUGGGAAUAUACAGUACAAGUACAACUUAGAUUUUGUUUUUUGGAGACAAGUUGUGAACAAGAUGAUAAUUUUCCUCCAAGUAUAUGUGUUCGAGUAAAUGGAAAGGUGGCACAAUUACCAAAUCCCAUUCCUACAACAAAGCCAGGAGUGGAACCAAAACGUCCUGGACGUCCUGUAGAUAUAACCUCAUUAUGUAGAUUAUCACCAACCAUGCCUAAUCAUGUAGAAAUAUCAUGGGCCUCAGAAUAUGGAAGGGGCUAUGUUGUAUCAAUAAAUCUAGUGAAGAGACUUACCUCAGAUAUAUUACUGCAGCGGUUAAAACAGUUUGGUAACAGACACGCUGAUCAUUCUAGAGCUAUGAUAAAAGAGAAACUACAGCAUGAUGCUGACAGUGAAAUAGCCACAACUAGUCUCAGAGUCUCCUUAACAUGUCCACUUGGUAAGAUGAGGUUACAGUUGCCGUGUCGAGCAGGUACAUGCACACACAUUCAGUGUUUUGAUGCAACAACAUUCCUUAUGAUGAAUGAGAAGAAGGCAACAUGGCUAUGUCCUGUUUGUGAUAAACCUACUCCGUUCCAUAAACUUAUAAUUGAUGGGUUGUUUGUUGAGAUAUUAAAACAGACAACAGAUGUUGAUGAAAUCCAGUUUAUAGAGGAUGGUACAUGGGCACCCAUUAAAAGCAGUAAACAAACACAUACCAUUAACAAUACCCCAUCAAGACAAACAGCUUCUUCUUCUAAAGAGAAAACAGUGAAUUUAUGUGGAGAUUCGGAGGAUUCCCCUACAGCAUCACCAGCUAAGAAGCCUAAAAUGGAGGUGAUAGAUCUAACAUUGAGUGACUCUGAAGAUGAAGGGGAACCAGUACGACCACAGUCGAGUCAUGAGAUUAGCUCAGGACCCAUUAUUGCCAAAAUUGCUGCUCUUCACCUUGUAUCGUCUACACCGUCGCUGAUAAUGAAUGCACCACCUAUAUCAGCACCAUUAUCUCCAGAGAUCUCCAGUGCUGUACAUAAACUCCCGCCACUACCACCAUUAACUAGUUAUAGAAGAAGUGAUAGUAAUGUACCCAGUACAAACUUUAACAAUCCAGGGAAUAUUUCAUCUCAUUCUCUAAAUGAGUCGGGUCUAAAUCUUAGUGUAAACUCAAGAAACAGUAGCCCAGUGAAAUACGAGUCCCACACUUUACACAGUCCUCCUCAUACUUCAUCAAUGGUACCGUUACCCUCACCCUCGUCAUCAUCACCUCAGUCGUGGCUUACAGCAUUAAGUGGACAGACGCAAGGACAGAAAAGACCGCCACCUGCUCAUUCAAACAACCAGCCACCACCUAAACGUACACUGAUGGACAAAGUUGGGACAGGUUCUCCGUCAUCAUCAAACUCUAACAUGUCACCACUUGUUGAUUUGGAUCAGCUGUGUAGUAUACUAGAUUCAGACAGGGAUAGAAAUAGCGAGGAGAUUGCCCACGUUUUACCAUUUCCACCUGACUUUCCAUUGACUCUGACAUCAAACCCUACGCCUAAUGGAAACAGCCUAAGUUCAAGAAACUAUUUAAAUGUCUCACCCUCGGACAUUAUAUCUUUGGAUUGAUGCAGGUUAUGUUAGUGGUGUUAAUUGAUGCAGGUUAUGUUAGUGGUGUUAAUUGAACAUAUUGCAAAUAGGAGUCAUCCGUGAUUUUGCCCUUGAAGGGACAUAACAUUGCAUGAGAAAUUAUGCUCACUAGGGAACUGAUGUUGACCUAGUUAUUUAGUCUGCAGGGAUAGAAAUUACUGAAGUCAGGAAGUUUUAUAUAUAAAGGAAGACCAGAGAGAGUGUUUGAUCGACAUGUGACAUACAUAUCUCUUCAUUAAUGUGAUGUCAAGAGCAUUAUGAUGCGGGUAUAAACAAUUGUAGCCGGGUUUGACAGAUUUGAAGAAUGUUUGAUGAGUAUAUGUAAUAUAUUAUUACAGGAUUCAUUCAAAUAUGGACCAUAUAUUUAUAUUUUUAUAGUGAAAUGAAAAGUGUUAGUCAGUGAACAUUAUAUGGUCUAAAAGAAUGUUUAUAUUACACAAUAAGAUAGUGACUUAUAUAUAACAUUGGUGCUGAAAGAUUUGAUUUGUUCUUGUGUCAUAUUGUAAAGUUGACCUGUUUUAUUUUUUAUGCUUCAUGUAGUAUAUGAUAGAAGAAGGAGAACAUGUGGGUAAAGGAAAGAUCCAGUGUUGAUUUUGCGAACAGAUAGUUUACAUACCUGUCAAUAACUUAAUAUAUUGUCAAACUAGUGUCAAAAUGAAUCUAUCUUAAAACUACUACUAGUUUCCUAGUAGAUUCCAACCCCUAGCAGUUUUCCAGCCCUUUAUUAUUUUCGUCCAAUACAGUCUAUUUUUACCAAUAGGGCAGCUCUGUUACUUCAAUAAAUCAGAGACAUUUGUUUUCUAUGCAAGACAGUAGUUAAAAUAAUGCAGCGAUUUAUAUGUUUUGAAGUUUUUCCUGUUGUUUAUUAAACAGUUUAAAGUUACCUUAGAGAACUUGCAACAUUUUAAAAUAAGCAACACCUGGGGAAUUUGUUUGAAUGCCCAUCUGCAAUAACUGACACCCCAUUCCAGGUACAUGUGUAAAUCAAUACUUUUGAAAAAUAUAUUUGGAGUAUCACAGAAAAGGUUAUAUUUCUUUGAUAAAAUCAUCUUAACAUUUCUUACUGGUAUUGAAUUACAUGUAUAUUUAAAUAAAAAAGGUCAAAAAAACUGCUAUGAAAUUUUGAAUGAAAGUGAGAAAAGGUGUUACAUUCAGGCCUAUAUUCCAAUUAAAAAGUGAAGUGAAAGAGCAACAUUGAAAACAUUGUCAUUCUGGACAGGUACCUACAUUUGUUCUAUCAAAGUCUUAUACUCGUCCAUAGACAGAUUUUUAUUUUAUUUCUUUAAAAGUGCGACUUGGGGUCGGAAACUGCUAGGAAACCAGUAUGCCAAGAGUUUUGUUAUUUUGCAUGUACACCUACAGUAAAAAAUGGAACAACCCACUUAUUUACUAUAUCCAUGAAUUAUGACAUCUUCUAGCAAUGGGUCUCAGGAGAGCAAUCUAGGGCCAUCAUGGCCAUCUUGUUUUAUCUACUGAGUGUUAAUUCCAUUGACAGAGACUUCAUUUCUGUUAUAUCAGGUGUUUUUUUAAGUUCAAAUUAUUUUUGAGUUAACAGUUUAAAGUUUAUUCAGUUUUAUUUACAUUCUUCCUUACUUUACAUCAGUUCUAUAGCAAUAUUAUAAUGAUCAUAUUCACAUUGAUCAACAGCAGCAUUUAACAUGUGAUGUAUGCCACAUUGAAAUUUUCUGAUUAGGCCCUGUAUUGUCACAUACACAACUUGAAUAGUAGGUUUAAAAACUUGCAACAAUAUCCCUCUGAUAUAAUAAUAGUGAA